CUGGCGGCGGUGGCCCCUCCUUCAGGAAGCCGGACCUGCCGCGUCCUUGUCGGCGUGGCCAGGCGCGCACUCCUGGCCGGGCUGGGCAGCGCCCCCACCGCGGCAGUAUGGACCCACCGGCUGAUUGCCCCGCCGUGCCCCGCUGCUGUUCCCUUCUGCUCCUCCUGCUGUUCCUCACGAAUUUUGUGCCAUCCUUUGGAAAGGAAACAUUGCGUACAACGGCAGUUCAGUUUGAACCAAACAUGACUUAUGUGGACUUUAUUCAUUUAAACAUUUUAGAAAGGAAGGUUCUUAACAAUUCGGAAGUUUCAGUUCAGUAUUUGUGUUCUAAGCCUUGUAUUAUCAACUUGGAAGCAGUAGCUUCUUCUGAGUUCAGGACUGGUGUACCAGUAUAUAGAAGGAGAUGGAAAGAUGAGAAGAACCUUUAUGUUAGCAGAACUCGACAAGUACAUUUGAAAUUUCCGAACAUCAUGGUUUACAGAGAUGACUAUAUCAUCAGAAACUCAAUAAUUGUGCACAGUGUGAUAUUAUAUGCAUGGAUUAGUCAUAAAUCAGUUACCAGCUAUGAUACUGAGCAGAAUGAAGACUACCAGGAUGCAGUUGCCAAGAACUACACUUUCUUAGAAGCAGUUCCACCUUUUGAGCGCCCAUUUAAGGACCACAAAGUUUGCCUUCAGUGGGGUGCUGACUAUUUGUGGAUGCUCCAGGCAAAAAGGAUACCUCAGUGCCCUCAUGAAAGUGAUGGUGUCCAGAUUCUCAACUUUAUAUACGCUUCCAGUGGGGAGAAAACAGGAAUUGUGAAGAAAUUUGAACAGUUCGAAAACAAAGAACUUGAGACAGUCAGACAACAUCAGAUUGAUUAUCCUAUGUUCACUGUUUCUAUCUGGCUGUAUUUACUCCACCACUGUGAAAAAGAUCUGUGUGGUAUACUCUAUUUUAUUGAUCCAAAAGAAAUGUACAGUACUCCUGCUGUAUUUCUCAAUGAGGAAGGUUAUGUGCAUAUUCAGAUGCACCUCAUGAGAGGAGAUGACCUUGCAGUGAAAACUAGCUUCAGUCUUCCUCUGAAGCAGUGGUUUCGACUGGAUCUCUCUUUUAAGGGUGGACAGAUAGAAGUAAGCAGUGUUGGGAAGAAUUUGAAAAGACAUCAUCAUCAGUCUUUUAUUUUUAGGGAAGAUUUCUAUUAUGAUGACACUGCUGGAUACUUUGUUCUUGGAGGUAGUGGAUAUGUAAAUGGUAUUGAAGCAUUCUUUGGACCUGUGAAGUACUAUCGUCUCAGUGUGUUGGAAACAGAACAGAUUUCUAAUCCUCUUCAUGACAAAGAAACAGUGGAACAAAUUGAACUUUACUACGAGAGAUGCAUGGACAUUCAAGAAAUAGUUUAUGAGUACAGACAUAUUGUAAAGCAGGGUGAAAAAGGGCAAAGAAAAUGUUACUGUGAAAACUAUUAUUUGAAGCUGAUUCAUAAAUAUGGUGAAAAAUCCAAAUGUGAUGCCUUCAUGUGGGGAAAAGAGCUCAGGGAAAAGUACCAUACUUUGCUCAAACUAUUAAAAGAGACAGAUUUCAGUGCUCCAGAUGUAUUAGAAGAUGGAAGUGAUACAGUUCUAGAAGUUGGUCGAAAGAUAUUUGAGAAGGUUUCAAAGGAUCUGUCCAGCACUGAUGGCCUGAGCAAUAUGGGCUCCUCUGUCCCUCUCUUGGUGGAGUCCAGUUGUUGUGGAUACCAUAAGGCUUCCUAUUUCCUUGCAGUUAUAUUUGAAACAGGGCUUGGUGUGUCUGUGGAUCGCACAAAGGGACUGCUGUAUAGUUUGGUUGGUGCUCAGGGGAAUGAGAGACUUGCUGUGAUGAAUCUUGGCUAUAAACAUUACCAAGGCAUUAAUAACUAUCCACUUGAUUUGGAGCUGUCAUAUGCUUAUUACAGUAAUAUUGCAAUAAAGACAUCAUUGGAUCAACACACUAUAAAAGGGGAACAGGCAUUUGUUGAAACGAUAAGGCUGGUGGAUGAUGAACUGCUAAAAGCUCAAACAAAAGAAAAUGGUGAUGUCUUUAUGUGGUUAAAAUAUGAAGCAACAAGAGGAAACGCAGCUGCACAGCAACGAUUGGCUCAGAUGCUUUUUUGGGGCCAACAAGGAGUGGCAAAGAAUCCUGAAGCUGCAAUAGAAUGGUAUGCAAAGGGUGCAAUAGAAACAGAAGAUCCAGUGUUAAUAUAUGAUUAUGCCAUUGUGUUAUUUAAGGGCCAAGGUGUGAAAAAAAAUACAAAACUUGCUUUGGAAUUAAUGAAGAAGGCAGCAGCCAAGGGCUUGCCCCAGGCAGUGAAUGGAUUGGGAUGGUAUUACCACAAUUUUAAAAGAGACUACAGAAAAGCAGCUGAACACUGGUUAGUUGCUGAAGAACUGGGAAAUCCAGAUGCAUCAUACAACCUUGGAGUCCUUUAUUUAGAUGGAAUUUACCCUGGAGUACCUGGUAGAAAUCAAACAGUUGCUGCACACUAUUUCUAUAAAGCUGCCCAAGGAGGACAUAUAGAAGGGACUUUACGAUGCUCUCUGUAUUACAUCACAGGAAAUAUGGAGGACUUUCCUAGAGAUCCAGAAAAAGCUGUAAUCUGGGCAAAACACAUUGCAGAGAAGAAUGGCUACUUAGGUCAUGUCAUCAGAAAAGCUCUCAACGCUUAUCUGGAACUUUCAUGGCAUGAAGCUUUGCUGUAUUAUAUUUUAGCAGCUGAAACUGGGAUUGAAGUGUCACAGUCCAAUUUAGCACACAUCUGUGAAGAAAGACCAGACCUAGCAAGGAAAUACCUAGCAAGUGAUUGUGUUUGGAGAUACUACAAUUUCUCUGUUUCUCAAGUCAAUGCACCAUCAUUUGCUUAUUUGAAGAUGGGUGAUUUCUACUACUACGGUUACCAGAACCAGUCUAAAGAUCUCGAGCUCUCAAUGCGGAUGUAUGCACAAGCUGCACUAGAGGGAGAUUCACAGGGUUUCUUUAAUUUGGCCCUGGUCAUAGAAGAGGGCAACUCCAUACCUUCUUACAUUCUGGAUCACUUGGAAAUCGAUCAGGCAUUGCAUUCUAGUAGUAUGUCACUUCUUCAGGAACUUUAUUACAGGUGCUGGAAUAACAGCAACCCAGAAUCAAUUAGUCCAUGCUCAUUAGCAUUGCUUUAUUUUUACAUGAGAGUUUUCUGGAACAAUAUUUUACAAUCUACUCUGAUCUACUUCAUGGGAACCUUUCUUUUAUCAAUUCUGGUUGCAUUUGCAGUGCAGUAUUUUCAGUCUUUAUCUGCCCGUAAUUCUCCUGGAGCAAGAGCAGACCCAUCAUCAGAUGAAAUUUCUUCCUCAGGGAGUAGCAAUGAGGAUGCUACCAGACUCAUACAGCAAGAUGAAUCUACAUUUUCAAAUGAUUUAGCACAGCAGGAGUCAAACCCUCAGAAUCCUCUUGUUACGAGCUGAAGUGUAGUUUUCUUAAGGUUGGUGUCCCAUUGGGAAGAUGGGAUAUGAACAACUACAGAUCUAAAAACUGGCAACCAACCCUAUUAGUGGCAUUAAUAAUGCAGUUCAACAGUUAAAAUUGUGGGGAAAUUCACUGAUAUGAUUUCUCCACUAUAGAGGAAAAUCAUCCCUGUAAUUUAACACUCCAAACAGAUAACAUAAUUAUUUCUGUCCGUAUUACAUGAUCCGUCCCUA